GUAUCCACAUCAAUGCUUUAACUAAUCCACUCUUUAAAGAAAACUGAGACAUAACCACUAUGAUCUAAGACAAAUUAUUAUAAAAUAACAACGCUCUUCUCAUUUAAUAAAACGGUAUCUUUUAAGCUCGUUUAAUACUUUUGUUAUUGCAACGGAUAAAUCACAUCCUCAUUGCAACUUUUGCGUAACUUCCCUCUCAUGAGGGCUAUGCCUGAUACCCUACUUUCCAACACCAGAGCUCAACUCAACAAGUGGCUCCACAAUUACCGUCAACAAUGUUUCCAUGCCUUUCUUCAAUCAACUGACAAAAAGUUAAUUAAAGCAUGCCGUCCUGCUUUGGGUAGACCCUAUUAUGUACCUACCAGCUUCUCGUUCUGAUCGCAGCCGUCUCGUUCGUUGGCGUAUGGGAUGGCUUCCUGGUAAACCCAAAUCUUGCCCAUGUGGGCUUGAUCAUACCUCCCGUCGUCAUCUCACAACAGAUUGUCCCAAGAUCUCUUUUGACACAUGGCUCAACCUUCCACUUGCACCAAUGGAAACUAACCUCACUCGUGUCGACCACCCCCUAAAUGACCUUCCCACCUCAGCUUCCGCCACAUGUCCCUCCUAUUGGGUUACCCUCUGCCGAUUAUUGUGGACCUAUGACACAUUUUGUAAUCCUGAAGGGGAUCACUCAACUGAUCCCGAUCCUGGCGCUGUCUGGCUUCACUUAAAUCCUCCUGCUGUCCCAUCUAUCGACCUCCACUGCUAAAACCCUGAAAGUGCACGAUGGAAGGGAAGUCAUGGUCAUGAAGCGAUUAGAAGAUUUAACAAAGAUUCUCUUUUCUUUUCCUUGCACUUUUCUAACUUUUACGAAGUCCUAUAGUUAGUUUUUUAGUUUCAAGUAAUUCCACCGUCCAUUUAUAAGACUGCAGUUUUAAGAUCUCGAGAUCGCCAUGCGUUAAUCUUAAUAAAAC